CGCGAACGCUGACGUCGACGCACGCAUCUCGUCAGGUGCGCUUCUUGCAAAAACGGUAAAUGCGCAAAAAACAGCAACUAAUAUUGGAAUAACAGCGAAAUAAGUAUAUAUAUUCAAGUAGUUUAUUUAUAUAAGCCGCACAGCCAUAUAGAGCAUAUAUUAUAAAGUGAGAUACUCACGCACACACAUACCAUCAGAUGAUAAGAAAUAUCUUCAUAGUGCAAAUGGUGUAAAAGAUAGAGAAAGAGAUAGAAAGUAAGAAGAAAAACUGUCUGAAACGCGAAUUAGUUUUAAUUGAUUGCUGAUUGCAACGUCGUGCUAUCGAGUUCAGGCUGCGUAUACGCCCGGCGGUGCCAAAACUUCGAUCGCUAGUCAGCGUCGGUAACGUAACGUGCCGUAACGGUCAACAAUUAACGAUAAACGUUAGAGAGCGUACGAUUAACACGGAACGGUGACGUAGUCCUGCGUGCGGAAAACGAAACGCUAAUAAAUGGAUAAAAAGAGCGGCCUACGACAAUAGGAGCAAAAACGACAGCAACAAUCAAAACAACAAAAACAAAGCCAGCAACAAGAUCUACAAAACGAGGGAAUCAAAGCAGCAACAAAAUAAACCGAGCAAAAGGCAUAUCAAAUAGAGAAACCAAUAAAAUAAACAUUUUCAAGUAUUUACAACUAUCAAAAGUAGAGCCCACAAGAAGAUAUCGAAAAAGAAUUAAAUUAAUAUAUACAACACACCCACACCCACAAACACAUACACAUAUGGAUCUAUACACCAGAGUAAACAUAUUUAUAACAAUAGCAACAGAAACAGCAACAAAAAGAGAAGGGGAACGCCCAGAGCAACAGAAGCAACAGCAAACGGAAUUGGGAAACCCCCUAAUGCCAAACCAAGGACUGUGAGCGAAAGGAGCAGGACACGGAGGGCAGAAGGGCAGCGAUGAGAGAGCGGGCUACGUCAUCCGACUAAAGGCAUAUCAGAACAUUAGCAGGACACGACGACAUCAACAACGACAGCGAGGGAUAUGGACACGGGCAGGGCCCCUACUCCCAUUUGUCUAGCGGGCAAAUAAAAGCGAGGCAGGAACCAGGCCACACACACACUUGCACACUUACAGCCGACGACAACAGCAAGGAGAUUAAGAGGUGUAGCCAUUGUUGUGGUGUGUGCUUCAAGGACAUUCACAUGCACAGAGGCAAACCAACCCACUCGACGGGUCCCAUUAAAUAAACAUCAAUCAGGCAAUAAGGAAAUACUCCUAGCUGUCCAACAGUUGUCCCAUGUGAUAGCGACAAGGAAGGGCGCAACAAGGACCCACACCCAAACUCCCACCCACGCACAUCUUCGUGAGCAGGAAAUAUGGCGCGACGCAGGGGCAGCGGCCGAGGCAAAUCCACAGUAAACUCACGAAAGAGUGCCCUGGAAACGGCGCGUGAAAAGCUGAAAGAUGAGCCCGCGGCCAAUUCCUCGCAGGCUAACAAUAAAUUUGAUGAUACUAUGGAAAAUGCAAGCACCACAACGGCGGGCAAGCACUACAACAAGACGGCGGGCAAACAGUACAAGACGAACAGUAAGGUGAACAACAAUACGCGACGUGCCACAGCAGCGGCGGCAGCAACAACAGCCACACCAGCAACAAAGAAGCAAACAUAUCGGGAAUCUGCCACAACAGCAGCCACACAGAAGACAGCAACAGCCAACAGUAAAGCUAGCAGAGCAGCAGCAGCAGCGGCAGCAGCCGCAGCCACAGCAACAGUUGCCGAUGUUGCAGGCAGCAAACCCAGUACAAGCAGCACUCGAGAUAAGCUGAGAGACGACCACAGCAUUAACAGUGGCACUAACAGCAGCAGCAACAACAACAACAACAACAACCACCACCACCACCACAGUGAUAAUAGUAUUAAUGAGAAUAAUUACGAGUUUAAGAAUAGGGAUACAGAUGAAGCUAAAACAAAUGUAAGUGAUAGCAAAAUGACGCUACAGCAAAUGUCUACUGCAGUCGGCGGCCCCAAGGAGGAGUCGCCGCGAGCAGCCGCCACAAGCAGCAGCAGCAGCAACAGCAACAGCAUUACCCCCGCCAGCAGCAUGGCUGCUGCUGCUGCCGGCAUUGCGGAUUGCUCAAAUAUCUCUCGCUAUUUGCACAAGAAGUUCAAGCGCUUGGCAAGCACCACAGAAGUGGAGGGUGUUGGCGGUGGCAACGGCAGCCUCACUGCAGCCGGGGAUGCCGGUCGCACCACAUCGCUAUCCUCAAAUAGCUCACUUUCACCGCCGCCGCCGCCAGUGGGCCCGGUGGUGGUGCCAGAAGUGGCCAAUGGUCAUCAUUUGACCCAGCCAGAGCAACAGCAGCAGCAGCAGAGGACGACGACGACGACGACGAAUGAAUUCAGUGCCAAUUUUGUAAAUAGCAAUCAUGUCAUUGCCAUCAGCCAUGAGGAGGGCAGCAACAGCAACCACAUUCACAAAAGCCACAGCCACAGUGAGAGAGGGAGUGGGAGCGGCAGCGGGAAGAUGGCCAACAAUGUGAGCCAGCCCAGAACCCAAACACCGUUGAGCAACAGCCACAGUCACAGCAGCAACUAUGCGGCCAAUGCCACACUGACGCCUGCAACAUUUGCCCAGCAUCAGCAACAGACGCAGCCAACAGCAGCAGCAGCAGCAGUGGGCGCGGCAGUAGAGAAAUCUGGCAGAUAUGUGUGCCCAUACUGCAAUUUGAUUUGUGCCAAGCCAUCGGUGCUGGAGAAGCACAUACGAGCGCACACCAACGAGCGUCCGUAUCCGUGCGACACCUGCGGCAUUGCCUUUAAGACGAAGAGCAACCUGUACAAGCACUGCCGCUCCCGGUCGCAUGCGGCACGAGUGCGCGGCCUGGAGGUGCCCGAGGAUGCCGACGACGGGCUGUCCGACCAGGAUGCAGACCUGAGCAACAGUAGCUCCGAGUUGCCCAGUCGCUCGGGGUCGCCGUACGACGAGCGCAUGGCCUCGCCCACGCCAUCGCCCUCCACUUUGUCGGCAUCGAAGAGCGCCUACAUCCAGCACCAGCCACCGCUGCCGCAUCACAUGCAACAACUGCCACUGGGCUCGCCGGCAGCUGGGACCCUGCCGCCUGCCACCGCGGACACCCUGCACUCGGCCACGGCCCAGCACCGCCAGUCGCUCGACUACAAGACCCCCAUCAGCAUAGGAGUAGCAAGUGGAGGAACAGUGGAACAGCAGCACGCUCCCGCUAUGCAGCAUCAAAAGGAGACAACUGUGGGACCAGCUCCAGGCCUACCCAACGUGCAGCACCAGAAAUUGAUGGCCGUGCAGCAGCAGCUCCUGCAGCCAAUGCCCGUGGCCGCGGGCCAGCACCGCCAGUCGAUCGACUACAAGCCGUACAAACCGAAGUUCCACAAUGCAGCUCUAUAUGUGCCGCCCGGUGGCAGCAAGGAGUUGCAAAUGCAACAGCAGCAGCAACAGCCAGCGCUGGCCCGUCCCACACUGUCGCCCAGCACACAGAUGAAGCUGAACAAUCACAUCACCUCACACAAGAUGCAGCUGCAGUUGCAGCAGCAGCUACACGCCCAGCAGUCGCUGAUGCUGGCCGCCAAUCCCGGGGCCUUGCCAACGGGAGCAGGCUUCUACUAUCUGGGGCAGCCAUCGUAUUACAAUCAGGAUGCGGCAGCGGCCAUGCAUCAGCAGGCAAUGGUGCUUCAGCAACUUCAAAUUCAACAACAUAUUCAUCUGCAGCAGCAGCAGCAACAGCAGCAGCAGCAACACUCUUCGCUGGUGAAGGCUCCUCCGCCACAGAUGCAACAACAACAGCAACAGCAGCAGCACCCACUGAAUAUUCCUCCCCAACAGUUGGUGCGAGCCAACAGCCAGGCAUCGCCAGCAUCAGCAGGAGCGACAGCAACUGCCCCCACCACGCCAGCCACCAACCUGAGCAGCUUUGCCAGUGCCAGUGGCAGCAUGCAAGUGAAUGUGGAAAAGGUGCAGGAGCACAUAUCGAAGCUGAUAUCGCAGAACGAGGCGAUUGUGGAGAACAAGGAGAUUCUACUGCAGAAGAAGUACCCGAAGCAGCUAAAUCGCUCGCGCAGCUUCAACAAUGCCAAUGCGAAUGCCAAUGCCAAUGCCAGUGUCAAUGCCAGCAAUGCGGUUGUCAGCAGUAAUAAUCCUCAGAUGAUGGGAAUCGGUGCCAGCGAACGAGAAACGAAAGUGAAUCUGGCCCAGGCCAUCGUCCACAAACAGCAGCAGCAGCAGCAACAACAGCAGCAGCAACAGCAACAGAUACACCAGCAGCACUAUCAAAUGUAUCUGCAACAACAGGUGCAGCAGCAGCAACAGCAACCCCUGCCACAACUGGAACCGCCAAAUGGUGUUGUUAAACGGAAUAGCUACAGCUACAAGCCAGCCCCGGCCAUGCCUACAGCCGCCAAGCAGCAGCAGCAGCAGCACCAACAACACCAGCAACUCCAACAACAGCAAUUGCCACCGCCCCCCUCGCCACUGCCCAUGCAGACGCCACAGUAUCGCCAGGAUCCGGCCACGCCAGUGCCCAAAAUGGAGCAGACAGUGGUCGCUGUCAGUGCCAUGCCAUUGAAUCUUUCUGCCAAGCCAAAGCAACAACAGCCGAAACCCGAGGCCACUCCCAUGCCUGCAUCUACGCCCUCGACGAGUACGGCUGCAGCAGCAGCAACAGCAGGAGGAGUGCCUCCAGCAAAGACUGCCACAGCCAGUGCCACCCAAACGCCAAACAAUUCAAUCAUAAAGAAUCUGCUCCUGAAUGCCCGAGGACUGGCCGUGCCCAUUGGCGAGGGCGACGACGCCUUCUACUCGUGCCCCAUCUGCGCCAGCGAGUUCCGCAGCGCGGACGAGCUGAAGCUGCACAACAGCACCUACUGCCAGGACGCCAGCGCUAGUGCACUGAUGAGUCCGGCCUCGUCCCCCAGCUCCAAGUACUUUCGUUCCAAUUCGAUCUCGAUGAGCCUUCCGGAGCUCAAGUGCCACAUGGCCAACUCGAAGAACCCGCUGUCGCUGGCCAAGCUCGCGUGGUCGCAGCUGAAGACGAAGCGGAGCAGUCUGGUGCUGAGUCGCCUCAGUGCCGCCCAAUCUCCCGCCCGGACAUCGACAGUUACGGCUCCAACGGCAUCGGUAUCGGCUCCCGUGCAGGUUCAGGUUCCGGUUCCCGUUCAGGCUUCCGUUUCCGUCCCCGUGGAGGCGAUGCGUUUUGUGGAUGCGCCACUGCCAUCGCCCGGUCCGUUGCUUGGAAAGACCCCGCUGGUGGAUUUUGCCCAGCAGAAUGCACCUCGCAAGACCCACGAUUCGGUGGUGAUCACCAAAAUGCACGAGGAUCGUCAUUUCUCAAUGGACAUGGACGCUGCUGCUACAGCUGCUGCUCCGCAGCCUGCGAAGCGUGCGAAGACCGCAAGCGACACUCAAACGUUCAACUUUUUUUGCAACCACAACAUGACCAUGGCCCAGGAGCUACAGCAGAAGUCCAGCAAAGAGGAGCGCCUGCGCAGGCUUACCUCCUCCGGCGGCAGCAUGAUACCCAUUUCGGAAUGCCCCGAGCUGGAGAACAGUCCCUGGAUGAUACGCACUCCGCUACUGUCCGGAGGGAGCUUCCAGGAUGUCUCGCCCAAGAAUCAAGAGUCGUCUACCAGCAAGGAGCGCAAGCUGCUGGCGGCUGGCCUUGGUGCUGGCCACCCCAUGCUCGGUGUCAGAAGUGCACAGGGGGCACAGCAUUUCCAGUUUCCGCCCAUCAAUUCGAUAACUGACUUCGAUCCACUCACCUUGCCGAUGAGGGGCGGCGUCGGUGUUGGGGAUAAAACAGCACCCGUCACGCCCAUUCCGUAUGUGCCGGGGAUUCCGGGUCCCGGCAGCCUGACGACACAGAUGUCCCUUCUGCCGCCUCCACCGCAGCAGCUGCAGCUGCCCGCCAGUCGCGGCCGCAGUCCCAAUCGAAAGCAGCCGAGUCCGCUGCUGCUGCUGGGAGGAGGAGCGGGAGCGGGAGAGUCACUCAAGUCGCUGUCGCCCUUCGGUGGCGUUCAGAAUCUCCCGAGCGAGUUCAGCCGGCGGCCGCCGACGCCCGCCCAGAGGAACGCCCUGCAGUGGAACAGCAGCAAGGAGACGACGCCCAAGAAGGCGCCCUUCAACUUUCUGCGGAUGGCGGACAAUGUCAAGGCAUCGGAACCGGAGGUGCGGCACUUCAACCUGGACAAUGUGAUUGCUGCCAAGCAGCCGCCACAGGAGGCUGCACCACUGGCGCCACUGCCCGUGGAUACGCCCAAUGGGACGCCCGUGUCUGGAGAGGAGACGCUGUCGGCAGCCAAAUCAAAGUUUCUCCGGCCCACGAGUCUGCCCCUGAAGCCGGGCACCUUUACACCGAAGCGCCACCAUGGAAUCACACCGACAGCCAACACCCUGCCGCUGAUCUCGCCGGAAACGCCGCGUCCGUCGAAGUCGUGUGUGCAGCUGUACCUCAACGGCCAUGCCUACACCUAUCUGGGGCUGAAGUGCAGCACCAAGAUGUUCUACUGCACCGUGAACUGCCCGCAGCCGUCGUAUGUGGCGGGCAUGCACAAACUGUCGAUGUACAGCGUGUGGCAGGUGUGCGAGGAGAACCAGCCGCAUCCGCUCGGGUUCAAGCUCAAGCAGGUGAUGGCUCUGUACGACUCACGCCAGAAGAUGCUCGGCAACGGGAGCUGCACCUCGAUGGCGGGCUCAGGUACAGGCACGUGGAAGCUGAACUACAAAUUGGUCAGCUCGCAGCAGACCAUCUGCUCCAUUUCUACAAUGUCCAGCAGUGCACUGCAUCAGAAUCCGCUCGCUCCACUGCCGAUGGUGGCCGUGGGAGCGCUCAGCGAGGCGAAUGUGGCGGCCAAGGCCUGUGAGGAGGCGGCCGAGGACAAGAAGAUGGAGGUGAGUCCCUCGGGACAGCCCCUGGUGGGCGGUUACGAGUCGCACGAGGACUACACCUAUAUCCGGGGGCGCGGACGCGGUCGAUACGUUUGCUCCGAGUGCGGCAUACGUUGCAAGAAGCCGUCGAUGCUGAAGAAGCACAUACGCACCCACACGGACGUGCGUCCGUUCACCUGUAGCCACUGCAACUUUAGCUUCAAGACCAAGGGGAAUCUCACCAAGCACAUGCAGUCGAAGACGCACUUCAAGAAGUGCAUCGAGCUGGGCAUCAAUACCGGGCCCAUGCCCGCCGAUGGCGAGUUCCUCGACGUGGACAUGGACUUUGAUCAGCAGUCGUCGACCUCGGCGGGCGGACGCACCUCCUCGAUGGCCGAUGGCGAAUCAGAUUCGGAUGAUUUCAGCGACAUUGAAUCCGAAAGCAGCGACACAGACGAAUCCAAGUCGCGGCUGAAGGAACACGAGGCCGCUCGCUGCCUGCUGUCGCUGUCGAUGACACCGCCCAUACCGCAAAGCGUUUCGCCAUAUCCCCCCCAGAUCCAGGAGACACCGGCCCCGGCCGGCAGUCCGGCCAACAGCAUCGGCUCGUCGGGAUCAUCGCAGCCCAAGCCCCGCGGUGUGGUAUGCUCCUUUACGUCGCCAAAGCCGCCGUUCGACUACCAGAAGCAGGAGCAGUACUACUCGAAUCCCGAGGAGUCCAAGCCCAAGCGGGGCUCGGCCAGCGUGGAGAGAGCGCCCAUGGAUCUCACCAAGCCACGGUGCUCCAGCACAUCUGGCGCCGCCGGCUCCGUCUCCCCCUCCCCCUCCCUAGCACUAGCCCUGGCACAGGAGCUGCCCAAAUCGCAGGCACAGCAGAUGCAUGACGUGAUCUUCGGGAGCUCUGGCAGCAAUGGCAGUGGCUUCAUGAAGACCCUCAUCUCGGUCUCGGACAAGGUGCGCAUCUCCGCCGAGAUUAAGGAGGAGGAGGAGCAGGCCAAGCACGAGGCGGCGGAGGGCGAAGAUGUGCUCAUGCAGACGUACCGCAAGGAGCACGCCCUGCAGCAUGCCAAGAUGAAGCAGAGCCAGUUCAGUCGCAGCUAUCUAAGCACGCUCUUCUCCAGCACCAGCUCCACCGCCACGACCCCCGUCAUAUCCACCAGCAGCAGCACCAGCGCUAUCACCUGCACCAGCAGCGGCAGUAGCAGCCUUCUGUCCGUGAGCAGGCCCAUCAUGACCAUCAAUGAGGUGCCCAGCGUCGAGGUGCAUGAGGUGAAGACCCCGAAGGCGGUCGAGGUUUCGCUGCCAUCGACAUCAAAUGCCACGGCCACGAUCAUCCCUGCUGCGAAGGGAACGGCCAACGAUGAGAGCGAGGAGGGUGAAGCACAGUCGGAUCAGGAAACGGCAAGCGAGACGCCGCACAAUGCGAAUCUCCCUGCUGCAGUGCAGCAGCCGGAUGCAACAGACUUUAGCGGCGUCCUGGGUAUAUCCGCACCAGCCUCGGCAGCAGCAUCUACCCCUGCCACACCCGCUCCAGCUCCAGCUCCACCGUCAACUCCAACUCCAGUUGCAGCUGCAGGUUUAUCCACAGCAUCCUCGCAGCAGCAGCAGCAGCCCACACGGACUGUGAUCGUGGGCGAAGAUGGUUUCAAAAGUGCUACGGCCAGCAGCAAGAACAACAAUAACAACAACAAUACCAAUAACAACAAUAACAACAACAAUACCAAUAACAACAACGAACUGCAGCCUGGAGCUGUGCCAACAUAUCCAAGGGGCGUGCCACCGCCACCACCCACUGCCGGAGAUGCAAGACCCACCUGCUUGAUCUGCUCGAAGACGUUCCAGCGCCAGCACCAGCUAACGCUGCACAUGAACAUCCACUACAUGGAGCGCAAGUUCAAGUGCGAGCCCUGCGGCAUCUCCUUCCGUACCCAGGGCCAUCUGCAGAAGCACGAACGCUCCGAGGCGCACAAGAACAAGGUGAUGAUGACGUCGACGUUUGGUGUGCCGACCACCUCCAAUCCGCGACCCUUCGAGUGCACCGACUGCAAGAUCGCGUUCCGCAUCCACGGCCAUCUGGCCAAGCAUCUGCGCUCGAAGACGCACGUCCAGAAGCUGGAGUGCCUGCAGAAGCUGCCGUUCGGCACCUACGCGGAGAUCGAACGGGCCGGCAUCAGUGUCACUGAGAUCGACACCAGCGACUGCGAGAACUCGCUCAUCUCCCUGAAGCUGCUCGCCCACAAGCUUCUGGAAAAGGACCCCAACAAGCUGAGUGGCUACACCACGCCCUCGGGCAUGAUGCAGCUGGCCCAGGAUACGCCCGCCUCGCAGGCCAGCGCCUCUGAGGAUGGGUUUAGUGGCUUGGAGGGCAUCGCCACGGCCAUUGCCUCGCUGGAUAACGACAGUGCUGGCAAAACGCCGAAGCGUGCGAGCUCCAUGUCCGAAGAUGAGACCGUGGCCAAUGGGCUCAGCCACAACUUGAAGCGACGUCUGCCCGGCAUCUUCAGCAGCACGGGCGGCGAGGAGAGCGACAACCCACCGGAGGGCAGCACCACUACCGCCAACGAGAAGCGUCCCCGACCUUCUAAGGAUGCUACUUUGGCCCUACCCGUUGCCGUUAGCGUUCCCGUGGUCGCCUCGGCAGCGGCCAGCAACUGACAGUACAUGCUGCAGCCCACCUGAGUGUGGCCCACGACAGCAGCGACGCCCAAACUGGUGUCUAUAGAGCAGUAUCAGGGAUACCACUUGCCGACCAUCGCCACCGCCAGCAACGCCAUCCGUUCACAGUUCCCUUGCGAUUUGGGAUGCGACAAUGGGGUUGGGGGCAGCCAUGACCAAACCUCCAACGAGCGCAUAUCAAAUGUCUAAGCAUAUCGCAUUUGGGCACACAAAACUUACUCUAGCACUAGCUUCUAAGAGACCUACCCCUUCCCACUCGCGCAGACGAGCCCAAACUGAUUUCUGCAAAUCACUGCAACCUGCAAUCAAUCCUCUGGGCAGCCCCGAAACUGAUCGAUUUGCCUCUUAAGUAUCUAGUUUAAGGAAUCGUCAUCAACUCUGAUCUAAAAAAUAUAUGUAUGAGAAUAUAUGUAUAUGUAGCUAUAGGGUAUUGGAAAAGCUGUUCAUCUCCCAUAAAGUAUAUAUAUGUGUAUGUGUACGUAUAUGUAUGCAACCCAGGUACCAUGUACGCUAGCCCUAGUUUUAAGCUAUCCCGCAUGUGUAUGUAUAUCCUACGAAGCACGUACGGAAAAGGAAAAUUCAAUCUACGAGUAGUAAAUGUAUACAGAUAAAGAUAUAUCCAUAGAUUCAUAGAUCCCUGAAGUGCUGUGAGCCGUCUAUCUACAAAAAUAUAACACGAAGAAGCCGAGGAGAACGAGAGAUGUACAUACAUAUAUAAUUUAUAAGGCCUAGCCAGCCCAAGCCCCUGCACUCCCCACCCACCAAAACCUUAAGAACAAUGUUUUCCAAAAAAAA